GCUCGGCUCGGCUGGGCUGUUGGAUUUUGGUUUUUGAUUCAAAAACAAACACCGCACCAUCCGACCAAAAUAAAACCACAAAUAAUAAUCUCCGCCGAAUUCGAGACGAGUCGCGAAUUUCGGCCGAAAACCGGUCGUUGUCGGCUAAAAGGGAGAAAAAAACCGACCGGUUGCAUAAAUCGCUGAAGCGACAUGUCCAAGAACAAGCUGAACCUGACGCUGCCGCCGGGUGCUAUCGAGGCCGCGGCGGCGCCGCCACCUGACGUUGCGGCGCCAGAGGGCAAAGUGACCAUUGAAGCUCUGCAGGAGCGGCUCGAAGAGCUCGAAAUGGACGAGACCCAGCGUCAGCGGAUGGACCUGUUUUUGAAGGAAAAACAGAAGAUCAAACACGAGUUGAUGGACGAGGACUUUGAGAAAUUGGGCGAACUUGGCGCCGGAAACGGAGGUGUCGUCCUGAAAGUCCGCCACAAGCCCACCGGACUUGUAAUGGCCCGCAAGCUGAUCCAUCUAGAAGUAAAGCCGGCAAUUAAGAAGCAAAUUCUUAGAGAAUUGAAAAUUUUGCACGAGUGCAAUUCGCCGCACAUAGUUGGUUAUUAUGGCGCGUUUUACAGUGACGGUGAGAUAAGCAUUUGCAUGGAGUACAUGGACGGGGGCUCGUUGGACUUGAUUCUGAAGCGGGCAGGACGCAUUCCAGAAAACGUGCUAGCCAAGAUCACGCUGGCCGUGCUCAAAGGGCUAAGCUACCUCAGAGACAAACACAACAUAAUGCACAGAGAUGUCAAACCAAGCAACAUUUUGAUUUCAUCGCGGGGUGAGAUUAAAAUCUGCGACUUUGGCGUAUCGGGUCAGCUGAUCGACUCGAUGGCAAACUCUUUUGUGGGCACUCGCAGUUACAUGAGUCCGGAGCGGCUGCAGGGCAGUCACUAUUCGGUGCAGUCAGACGUGUGGUCACUGGGGUUGUCUCUGGUCGAAAUGGCCAUCGGCGUUUACCCUGUGCCGCCACCUGAUCCUGCGACCUUGAUGGCCGAUGCGGCAGUACCUCAGCAGAGACCAAUGGCCAUUUUCGAGCUGCUUAACUACAUCGUUAAUGAGCCACCACCUAAACUACCCCCAAAUCACUUCUCCACAGAGUUCAAGGAGUUUGUCGACCUUUGUCUCAAGAAGAACCCCAAGGAACGUGCUGACCUCAAAACGCUUAUGACUCAUACGUGGCUAAAGAAGGCUGAUGCCGAGGCGGUGGACAUGGCUGGCUGGGUGAGCCGUGUCAGCAGCAUCUAGUCGUCUAAACUGCUUGUGAUUCUCGUCUCACUGUUGUUCCGGUGUCCACUGUCCUGCGUCUAAACACAAACCAUUCUUGUUGUAAGAAUAAAGCCAUAAACACACACUCAGACAUACCGAACUGAAGAAAACAAAACAAGGUAUCUAUUGCUGCUAAACUUUUUUUGACUUUUUCGCCCGUUUAGCCGAUAAGAAAGAAAGCGAGCGCCAACUCAUUGAUCGAUGUGUACUGUGAGACAAAUGUUGUUGUUCUUCCUCUUCUUCCAAUUCAACAGGGCGAGCACUAAUGAAUGUGUAACCAAAAGUGAUCUCAAUCAGUGUUAAACAAAUUGUUUGGUUGCUGUUGUCAACGUUUCUCCUAACCCUCUUUAAAACAGGUUGUUUUUCUGCCACGAAAACUUUGCUUUGUUUAUUCUUUGCACGCAGUUCCCACGGCUGAGUUAGAGUUGAUUACGUACAAUUGACAGAGCAGAGUGUCUGUUUCGUUCUUUAUUUUAUUACUAUAUCUGUCGAGCAAGUGGAUGAGUCGUCGCGCACCGAGACUUUUACAUGUGCACACAGCAUGGUGCCCAGCAUUUCACACUAAUACACAAAUAUAAACAUAUUAUAGUCAAUAUUCUUCCGAAUCCGCAAGAGCCUAAACUUGGUGUUGAAAAUCUGUGUUUUACUUGUUCGCCCAUUUGUUGGAAAUAUUAUCUGAAAUGCUUGGCUGAAUUUAAAAAAGUGGAUAAAAAAAUAUCAAAAAUAAAGACAACUACUUGAAACUGA